UUUGAUAAAAAAUCGCAUCACCCAAAAGCUGUGCAUUAUUUAGCAACGACACAUUUUAAAAUGCUUUUAAACAUAUUGUUUAAAAAAUAAACAUAUUCAAAUUUUCACAGGAGAAAUUUAAACCAAAAGUAUGGCUCAGUCUUUGAUCAAUGUUCUCAUAGUUGGCAGAAGUGGUAAUGGCAAAAGUUCGAUUGGAUAUUCUAUUUUAAAAGCGAAAAUGUUUGAUACUAGUGCUAUUAGUGAAGAAAAUAAACCUCAUUUAAAAUCAGUUAACGGAAACGGAUUUAGCGUCAUUGAAUGUUCGUGUAUAAAAGAUGAAGAAGAGUAUUCUGAACAUGAUUUCGAGGUAGCUGGUGAGGCAAUUAGAAACUUUGAAAAUAGAACUGAUGUCAUACUUUUUGUCAUGAAAUAUGGCGUUCGUUACACACAACAAGAAAAACAUGCUGUCGAAAGGCUUAGAACAAUAUUUGGAGAGACAGUUUUCAGAGACUGGGUUGUCAUCUGUUUUUCUUAUGGUGACAAUUUUGAAAAAGAUAAGCAAGAAAAUGGUAACGACUUUGAGACGUGGUGUUGGGCACAGUCCGGAGCAGUACAGACUCUUUUUAAGGAAGUAGAGUACAGAAUUGUAUUGUUUAAUAAUAAAGCAGAACUUUUGGAAAGUACUGAGCAAGAGCUUAAUAAAUUUAUUCGUAUCAUAGUUCACCGUAAUCAUGACCAACAUAAAGAACUGAAGGUUCAAAAUCUCGAAAAAACAACACAGGAGGACGCCACCGUUAUCAUAAAGAAGAAUUCUCUGUUGAAACGGCUGAAUCCAAUUACGUUAAUAACAAAGAAGGGGAAAAAAUAUGAGAAAAAAACUUCUAAGAAUAAAAAGUCUACGGAAAAUAAAUCUAAGGAAAAAAAGUCUGCGACAAAAAGUUCUGAUUCCGGGAUAUUAGGAAAGGAACAAAGAAUAAUAUUAUUGGUAGGACGUUGUGGCAACGGCAAAAGUUCUAUCGGAAAUUCAAUUUUGGGAGAACGAUAUUUUACAACAGGGACUCAAGAGUAUUCAUUAGAACCAGUGAUUCGAGAAAAGGAUGAUUUAAAAGUUAUUGUGUGUCCAUUUAUAGGAGACACUGGUGAUGACAUCAGUUACAAGAUAGGAGACAUUCAGGAAGCUACUAGGAAGAUGUUACAACAUUUGGUUACCACUGGGGGCUCAGGUAUAGAUGCAAUAGUUUUUGUGUUAAAGUAUGGAGUUCGAUUCACCAAACAAGAGAAAGACGCGGUGACAAGAGUGAAAGAAAUAUUCGGAGACAAUGUGUUUUCAGACUUUGGUAUUAUCGCCUUUUCCUACGGUGACCUUUUUGACCUUGAUAACUCUAGCCAGAAAAUAGAAUUCGAUGACUGGUGUUUACAACAAUCCGGCUAUGUUAAAGCAUUGUUUAUAGAAUGCGAUUACAGGUGCGUUUUAUUUAAUAACAAGAAUACGUUAGGAGAUACAUUACAAAGACAAAAUACAAAUUUGUGGGAAUGUGUUGCGACAAAAUAUUUCGAAAAUAAAAAGACUUCAGUGCAAAGUUGCGUUGAUGAGGCUGGAAAAGAAAUGGCAACAAAGAAGGAUUGCGCUGAAGAGACUAACAAAGUAAAUGUUACAGAAGAAAAUUGCGCUGAAGAGACUAACAAAGUAAAUGUUACAGAAGAAAAUUGCGCUGAAGAGACUAACAAAGUAAAUGUUACAGAAGAAAAUUGCGCUGAAGAGACUAACAAAGUAAAUGUUACAGAAGAAAAUUGCGCUGAAGAGACUAACAAAGUAAAUGUUACAGAUGAAAAUUGCGCUGAAGAGACUAACAAAGUAAAUGUUACAGAAGAAAAUUGCGCUGAAGAGACUAACAAAGUAAAUGUUACAGAUGAAAAUUGCGCUGAAAAGACUAACAAAGUAAAUAUUACAGAUGAAAAUUGCGCUGAAGAGACUAACAAAGUAAAUAUUACAGAUAAAAAUUGCGCUGAAGAGACUAACAAAGUAAAUAUUACAGAUGAAAAUUGCGCUGAAGAGACUAACAAAGUAAAUGUUACAGAUGAAAAUUGCGCUGAAGAGACUAACAAAGUAAAUGUUACAGAUGAAAAUUGCGCUGAAGAGACUAAAAAAGUAAAUAUAACAGAUGAAAAUUGCGAUGAAGAGACUAACAAAGUAAAUAUUACAGAUGAAAAUUGCGAUGAAGAGACUAACAAAGUAAAUAUUACAGAUGAAAAUUGCGCUGAAGAGACUAACAAAGUAAAUGUUACAGAUGAAAAUUGCGCUGAAGAGACUAAAAAAGUAAAUAUAACAGAUGAAAAUUGCGCUGAAGAGACUAACAAAGUAAAUGUUACAGAUGAAAAUUGCGCUGAAGAGACUAACAAAGUAAAUAUUACAGAUGAAAAUUGCGCUGAAGAGACUAACAAAGUAAAUAUUACAGAUGAAAAUUGCGAUGAAGAGACUAACAAAGUAAAUAUUACAGAUGAAAAUUGCGAUGAAGAGACUAACAAAGUAAAUAUUACAGAUGAAAAUUGCGAUGAAGAGACUAACAAAGUAAAUAUUACAGAUGAAAAUUGCGAUGAAGAGACUAACAAAGUAAAUAUUACAGAUGAAAAUUGCGCUGUGAACACAGAAGUUGUGAAAGAAGAAAUAACAAUGAAUGAAACGGAAGAAAGUUAUGAUUUUAUAACAGAAGAAGAGAUCUUAGAAGCUGAUGGAAAACAAACAACGAAUGUUAAUGUAACUGGUAAAGAUUUUGCUCUUGUUACUAGAAAUAUAAAUACAGAAAUUGGUGAUUCAGCUUUAAAACACCCAAAAGAGAAUACAGGGAAUGAGAACACUAUGCAAGGAAAUGAAAAUGAAGUAAGGAAAGAUGACAAAGACAUUAAAGAGCCUGAAUCUGAAUACAAGGAGAAACGAAAAAUAACAAGAAAAUACACCAUUAGUGAUUUUGACAAUCGGAAACAUGUUCCGCUGAAUGAAGAUAAUAAAAUAAAUGAUACACCAAAGAAUAGUUGCUCAUUUUUGUCCUGUUUUUCCUUACGAUCAACAUAAUUUAUGUUUUGUUUGCUUGUUUCUUAAAAUUCGUUAUGUUUUUAAAACUUUUGAAAUAUUUUAAAAUUUUUUAAAAUAUUGUCAUUAUAAAUAGAUAGUAAAGACUGUCAUCAAUCUAUGCAGUGGUAACUAAAAAUUGUUAGUUUUUGUUGUUGUUUUGUUGAAAAAUGUAAAAAUUACCCCCCUUUCUUAUCUUUAACAUUUAUUAGUUAUUAAUAGAAAUGUAAUAGCUAUAUGAGUUACAUACAAAGGAGUAUUGUGACUUUAAAAAUAGUAUUUUUUUAAUCUCGUUUUUAAUAUAAUAAUAUACUUUUAAAUAAUAAAAUAACUUGUACAUUAUUGGUAGAUAUAGUUUUAAGGACUGAGUUUUUUUUCCCUUUAGAUCAGCUUUGUGUUGUUUUUCAAGUAUAUUUUUUUUUAUUUUUCUUCUUUAUCACUGUACACUUAUUGAUAUCGGAUUUUCCCUAAUCAAUGUAAAUAAAGUUUCAAAGUUACAA